AUGCGGAAGGAAAGUCCAUCAUCUUACGACUACGAGUGUCGGAAACAUAUUAUAUUUCGUUCAAUAAGUUAUCUAUUUUUGAUGCUCUUCAUCACCCCGUUGACCUCCAUUUGGUGGAGCGCUAUAACAGACUACAAUGGCUCCCUUCAGCUUUCUGUCAUGAGGUUCCUGGCAGAUCCAAAGGCGUCGUUGAGCUGGCAUUCUCUACCUUCCCACGAUAUCACCGUUCCUUUUGCAAAAUGGAUCGUCUUCGAAGCGAUACUGUAUACCGUAUUGUCGGGUAGAAUAUGUGCUGGCCAACCUACGCCAUCAGGUCACACCUUGCCUUAUACAAUGAACGGCCUAUCAUUUUUCAUAUGCACAAUUACCUCCUUCCUAGUACUAGCAGCGCUCGGAUGGACUGAGCUUGCCUUCAUAGCCAGCAACUGGAGAGAGCUUAUUCUGGUGGUGAAUGCAUUCGCUUGGUUGCUUACAGGCCUAGCCUUUCUAAAGGGGCGCCUUGCUCCGUCAUAUAUUUAUGAUAAUAAGGGGAAUGAUUCAUACAUCUCCGACAUCUGGCGAGGCAUUGAACUAUAUCCCCGAUUCGGCGCAGCAUGGGACCUCAAAAUAUUCCACAACGGACGCUGGACGAUGACCACACUUGUCAUGAUAGAUAUAUCCUUCGCAGCCCUCCAACGGGAAAUCCACGGUUAUAUCACCUCCACGAUGAUAUGCGUAAUACUACUCCGUAACCUUCUCACCGUCAACUUCUUCACCAACGAAGAAUGGUAUCUCCGCAGUAUGGACGUAUGCGACGAGCCCUUCGGAUUCUACUUCGCCUGGGGAUCCGGCGUUUUCUUCCCGACGAUGUACACUCUGCAGACGCAGUAUCUUGCCCUGAACCCCGUUGAGCUUCCCCUCACUCAUACUAUCGUGAGACUUUCCGUUGGAAUCAUAGGGUUUAUCGUCUACUAUGUCGCCACAGAGCAGAAGAACGCAGUAUGUGACACGAAGGGUGCCAAGGAUGUACGACACGAAACGGUACAGUUCAUUCGUGCUUCGUAUACGACGACAGAUGGGGUCGACAGAGAGUCACGCUUAUUAUGUAGUGGCCUGUGGAGCCAUAUCCGGCAUCCCAAUUACCUGGGCGUAUUGAUAUUGACGUACGCCAUGUGCGCAUUGUGUGGGACUGAGGCCCUGCUUCCUUGGACCGAGGCUAUCUUUGCCACUGCUUUCCUUGCUCAUAGAUCAGACUGUAUCAAUACGAGACCUCCUGGACUGGUCAAGCAGCUGAUCAUCACGCCUGUUGAGCAAGCCGCUCGGUUCGGACAAAUUGCCGAGAUUUAUGUUCCUGCUGUCCAGGCCACUAUCACCGAGCCCACAGUCGAGGCGAUAGCUGAACUGAUCGUUGAAGGAUGA